CUGGCUGCUCGACCACCACCAUCACCAACAGGGCACCUUGGAGAUUGCAUCCCGCCAGCCCGCCAGCCCGCCUAACCGUCCUCGGCCCCCCGUGGCCCCCCGUGGCCCCCAAUGCGACAGCAGCCUGCGCUGGACCUCAGGACCUGCUUGCUGCUGUACCGAGAUGUGCCAGACUGCAUGGGUGGGGUUUGUUGCAGUCGUGCCUUGUCCCACCGCAGCGCCCAAGCAGCCAAGCCGCCCGAGGGCCAAGCACCAUCUCUCCUCACCUGGCCCAGAUAUCAUCUCCUCCCCUGCUGUCACCAACGGCGAAUCACUGAUCGCGGAGAGGGGCCAUUCUGCCUUCGUGCUGGGCUCACCUGGCUCACCCGCCCUAUUGGUCCUCGUAACCUCCACACGGCAAUUCUCCUGCUCCCUCUCGCCUUCGACUGAGCACCGAGCAAGGCGGCCGCCCACCCCCCCGACCCCCUCCCGGGACGGCCACUCACCGGACGGCCACUCACCUGGUGCCUCUUGGAGUCUUGGGGACGAGAGAGCACCGUCUUCCUCGACGCUCCCACGCGCAAUCGCACGUCUGUCGCACCAUCGGGUGACCAGCGACGGGUGUGAUCACAUCGCUUCGUCUUACUGGCUGAUAGCAGGUCCUGUUGGUUCUGUCCGUCUCCUGGCCACAGGCCCGGCAAGCAACAAGCUUCCAUACUGGGCCAUCUAUCCGUCUGUCUGUGUGAUAGUGCGCCGCCCGGCCCGCUUGCAUCGAGGACCACAAUAUCUGCAUGCACUUCCUUGCCGAAUUGAUCGAUGCUUGCCCACUCCCAGGGUCCACACCUACGACAUCCUUCACGACCAUUCUUUUCAUCCAGCCAGCCAGCCAGCCAGCCAAGCAGGUGUGGUCGUCGACUCUUUUCUUCGGCUCGUAUGCCCUGUUGUUCCCCACGCAUGGCCCGUUGUGUGUGACAUGCAUUGGCGGGGAACAGGCCAGAAAGAACGGCCAGCCAAUAUUAAGGCAAACCCUGCCUUUUAAAGAACUUCGGCCCGCGUGGGUUGACAUUUCGGAUCCUCGUGCGAGAUCUACUACGACUACGCUACCGCACGCCAACAUCUCAUCCCCCAAAGUAGCCCCGUCCCCGGCGGCUAUUGAGGUGCAGCCCACCUUGCGGACGCCUGCUCGAUAUCAAUCUAACCCUUCGUGUUGGGACCGCAUACGGUGACCCAAUUCUGAUCGCCCAUACUACGAACGCGGCCAGGCUUGUCCAGCUGUCAUAUAUUGGCCUCCCUCCCGCCACUGACUGACGUUCUUUCUCUUUUCGGGGCGUGAGCCUGGAUCUGGCUGUCACUUAGUUGAUCUGCUUUGGACCAAACACCAAACAAACACCAGGGCUCCCAGGAGAAACUUUUGGCAACUCUACCGACGACCUGCGACCCCUUACAGCCUGUCCUUCCCACAUUCCACCCCACAACUCCACGCUACUCGCUUGCAUGGAUACGAUUCUCCUUUGCCCUGUCAUAUACGCAGCACGCCAAAGUCCUCGAGAAUAGGUCGCCACUUACCGGGAGGUCCAUGUCAACCGCUCGACGCCACUGCGCGCAGUCGCGUUGAGCGUACAACGGCCUUCUCGUACACAGCUGGCCUUGCCCCGCCGUGUCGACCAUGGCUUCGCAAGUACAGCCUGCCCUUCGCGAGGCAGCGUCAUCUGCCACGCGGAAAUUGGCAGAGAUCCUGAGGCGGAUCAACAUUCCACUGACGUCGACGAGUCCACCAGGCCUGGUGCAAGCAAACACGGUCGAUCCCUGGACCAAGGCCGGGAAGUAUGGACUGGGAUGGACGUAUUUCUCGGUAGCACUGAUGAUGUCGGUCGUGGUUGUCAGGGUGUGGCAUUUCUGGCAAGACAAGAUCAGGCAAGCCAUUUACAAGCAAGAGGUCGAGCAAUAUUACCAGAACCUCUACAACCCGGAGACUGAAUGGGGCCAAACUCCUUCGCAGUCUGGACAACUUACCGGGCAGCCAGCCACGGCGCGACACUUCUUCCCCGAGGAAGAGAAGGCCGAGACAGCCUUCCGCCCGAAAUCCAACAUGUCUUCCAUUGGCUUCAUCAACGACACCCUAGCCCUGUUCCGAUGGACAUUUUAUCGGCCGAUCCCUGAUAUCAGAUGGCGAAAGCACAGAUUCACCUUCUCAUCCUUGUCGGUGUUGACGGUCGGCUUCAUUGCUUUGGUGUUUGUCUCCUUGUACUGCUUCCUGCAGCAACCGCUGUACUGGGCCAGCAUUCGGUACGGCUCACCACCGCUCGCCAUCCGAGCCGGCAUGAUUGCACAGGCAAUGACCCCGUGGAUCAUUGCUACGAGCAUGAAGGCAAACAUUCUGAGCCUCAUCACAGGCAUUGCCGCCGAUCGGCUGAACGUGUUCCACCGAUGGGCGGGUUACCUGUGCCUCUUUCUCUCGCUGGUCCAUAUGGUGCCGUUUUUCAUACAGCCUGUAUGGGAGGAUGGGGGGAUGACAGUCUUUAACAAGCUGUUCCCCCCGGGCAGUGGUAUCAUCUACGGCAGUGGCAUAGCCUGCUUUGUUCCUCUCUGCUGGCUAUGUGUGCUUUCCCUUCCGGUUCUGAGGCGACACAUCUACGAAUUGUUCUCUAUCCUCCAUGCCCCUGUUGGGUAUGUAUAUAUCGGCCUCCUGUUCUGGCACACCAAGAACUUCCUGAUGUCGUGGGACUACCUCUACGCGUCCAUCGCCAUCAUUGUCAUAUGUAAUAUGUGGCGAUUUUGCAAGCUGAAUUGGACCAAGCCGUGGAGAAUGGCGUUUAUGGUGGGAGAUGAGGCCGCCAUCCAAAUCAUGACAGAGAACACGAUCAAGAUCACCAUUCCAACCCAGCUGCGGUGGUCCCCGGGCCAAUACUUUUACUUGCGCAUGCCGGGGAUAUCGCUACUCGAGAACCAUCCAUUUACCGUCACUUCCUUGUGCAGCGAAGACUUCCCCUCGGAAUACGGUGAGCAGUACCGGGACUGCGUGCUGGUUCUCAGGCCAUACGGCGGAUUCACCAAGAAGGUACUCGAGACCGCCAUAGAGAAGGGUCCAUUCCACACGUACCGUGCUUUCCUGGAUGGACCUUACGGUGGCAUGCGCCGGGAUCUUGCGGCGUUCGAUACCUGCAUCUUGAUUGCGGGAGGGAGUGGUAUCACAUCGCUGAUGUCACAGCUGCUCAACUUGAUCAAGCGUAUGCGAGACGGAAAGGCUAUCACCAAGAAGAUUGUUGUGGUAUGGUCGUUGAAGCGCCUCGAGGCCAUGGAUUGGUUUCGCGAGGAGCUGCGCAUCUGCCGCGAAGCCGCGCCUCCAGAUAGUGUCACUUGCAAGUUCUUCGUGACUGCUGCGACUAGGAACUCGCACGGCGGUCCAGUUGGAGCGAGCGCCCGUGCGCCGCGGCCGAUAUCGAACAUGUUCCAUGACCGGCUGGACGGCUUUGUUGCAGGAAUUGCCUCAAAACGCAACUCAGCAUUGAUCGCGGAUGUCGCCCAAGGCGACCCAAACAGAGAAGCAGAGCUGCGAGCAGAGCAGCAAGAUCGGUUUACCGCGCUGCCACAGCAGAAGUACCUGCAGCCACACAACAUCCCGCCACCGCCACCGAACCCGCCGCCAAACAAUCGCCAAUCAUACACGGACGAAGCACUGCGCCGUCUCGAAGGUGAUAACGACCAGCCACAAUCGAGAGACACCAAGGAAGACGCGUCCGAGCUGCCCAGUGACAAGGGCAAGCAGAAGGACUUCCACUUUCCUCCCCUGAAGCCCAAGGCGGAUGGUCCAUAUUUCAACUACGCGCCGCCCAAUUCGCCGGGCAACAAGCGGUUUAGCCAGCUCCUCGAACCCCCACAGACAGGGUCGCACCCCGAGUCGACCCAGCAUUCCUCAGACAUGCCCCGAGCACCUGAUGUGCCGGAACUGGCGCACCUGCGCACUGAUGUGGGCACGCUGAGCCGGCCGCGGCCGACGAGCACCUUUGGCCCGCCAUCUGGAUUCGAGUUCGGGUUCCCCGAGACGCCGACCGAGUUCCAGAAGAGUCUGAUGCGGUUCGCGUUCCCUGUGCCACACGAGAUCGACGGGGGCUGGAGCGUCGAGUACGGACGGCCCGACCUUGGGUUCAUGCUCAAGGAGUGGGCGACAGGCGGGAGUGACGGGCGGGGAAUACUAGGCCGGAGGACAGCGGUCUUCGUGUGUGGCCCACCGAGCAUGCGGGUGGGUGUCGCAACCACCGUGGCCAGACUUCAGGCGGAGAUCUGGGGCGACCCCAUGUUAGAGGAGAUAUAUUUGCAUGCGGAGAAUUACGCCUUGUGAUUGCACAUUCUGAGCCGGAGGACGAAACGGCUGAUCAUGAGACGAGAUACCACUUGUUUCCCUUUCCUUUUGAGUCUAUUGUACUACUAUAUCAUGAUGAGGCACGACACUGUAUUGGGAGAUACCAGAAGCAAGAGAUUGCUCGCACGCCGAAACUGGCUGGUUGGGAUUGGAGCCGGGGAUGCAGGAUGGCCUUGACAGGCAGACACACACACACACACACUAUACAUAAUGCUCACGAGAGGGACACGAACGCUGCUGUCGCAAACACGUACAGGGGUGUGGAAGAUGGGUGUAAUUCUACAUAAUAUCAAACGAUCGGAUUGAUCUACAGGAGACUUAUUGUGUACUCGUGCCCAAGCCAGUCCGACCUUUGAUACAUGUGAAGAAGCCGGCUCGGACGACAAGCCCCAAAUGCGGUGGAUCUGGAUCUGGAUCUGGUGAUCUGCCUGUCUUUUGUGAGAUCUUGUCAGAUGGGUUGAGCCCAGCAGGCCAUCAGCCCUUCAGCCUCAAUGUCGAGAACCUCUGUGGCUGGCUGGAGGGUGUUUUCAGCAUUUGGAUUUUCCUGCCAGCCAUGCCUCGUCCCUCCCGGAGUUUCGGUGUCACAAUUAAUGGGGAACAAUGUGGAGCAGGCCCUCGGAUCGGAUCGAGUCGUGAAGGAGGAAUAAGGAAGAAAUCAAGACAGCUCACCGCACAGCUGCAGGUGAGGCGCCAGCCCAC